AUGAAGAAAAGCCAAUUCCAAUGGACUCCGGAAGCAGAGAACGCGUUCCGCGAGAUGAAGGAUUGCCUCAUCAAACUACCAACCCUAACCGCACCAAACAAGGGAGAACCUUUGGUACUCUACCUUUCAGCUUCCGAUAAGGCAGUCAGAGCUGUGCUGCUUGUCGAUCGUCAAGGUGUCCAAACACCAGUUUACUACGUGUCGAGAACCUUGACCGAUCCAGAAACCCGAUAUGAAAUCAUGGAGAAGUUAGUCCUUGCACUAAUUCAUGCUUCAAGGCGGCUGCGCAGAUACUUUGCCAAUCACGUCAUCCACGUGCUAACAAACUACAACAUCGGCAACAUCCUUGCAAGGCCAGAAGUAUCAGGAAGGUUAGCCAAAUGGGCAAUAGAACUGGGAGGUCACAACGUGGUUUUCAGACCACGACCAUCAAUCAAAGGCCAAAUCUUGGCAGAUUUUAUGACAGAAGUCCUAGAUGACAAAGAAAGAGAGUGCAAAGCCAUGGAAAAAGCUGAGAAAGAGCAAACAGAAAAGCCAUGGUUGUUAUAUACCGAUGGAGCAUCCAACGAAGAUGGAGUAGGCGCAGGGCUAAGGCUGGUAAGCCCCUACAAACACGAGUUCACGUACGCCAUACGCCUGGAUUUUAAAAGCACAAACAACGAAGCAGAGUAUGAAGCUUUCCUGGCUGGCUUACGAUUGGCAAUCAAAAUGGGGGUCCGACACAUUGAAGCGCAUGUUGACUCCAUGCUUGUAGCAGGGCAAAUAAACGGCCAAUACGAAGCCAAGGGGGAUGUCAUGGCACUCUACCUCAGCCAAGCAAAAACCUUGCUACAAACCUUCUACUCUUACAAAGUGCACCACAUAAACAGAAGCGAGAACAAGCCGGCAGACGCGUUGAGUAAGCUCGCAUCAACAAGUUUCCAGCACCUAGCAAAAGAUGUGCGCAUAGAGGUUUUGAGCAACCCAUCCGUUCCACUCAGGGAAGUAAGUGUCAUCCAGACAGGAACAACGUCCUGGAUGACACCAAUAAUCAUGUACUUGCAGUCAGGGAUACUUCCCGAAAACAAAGCCGAGGCGCGAAAGGUCCAAUACAAAUCAGAACACUAUCAGAUGGCAGAUGGGAUACUGUACCGAAAGUCGUAUCUCGGCCCGCUGCUGAGAUGUGUUGACGCCGACGACGCAAAUUACCUAAUCCAAGAAGUGCAUGAAGGAAUUUGUGGUAUUCAUGCCGGGCCUCGAAUGGUGGUGGCAAAAGUGAUGAAUGCCGGAUACUACUGGCCCGGGAUGCAUCUCGAUGCCGUGAAAGAAUUGAGGAAGUGCAGUGGCUGCCACAGACAUGCGCCAAAGACCAUGCGCCCCAAAAAUGAACUAGUACCAGUCACCACCGCAUGGCCUUUUCAACAAUGGGGCAUAGACAUGGUGGGUCCUUUCCCGGAAGCACCAGGGGCGGUCAAAGUCCGAGUCUGCACUUUUAACCCAGGGGACUAUGUCCUAAGGGACAAUGAAGCUUCCAACGCAGAAAAGCCCGGAAAAUUGGCUCCCAAAUGGGAAGGCCCAUACGUAAUCGAUGCAGUACUCGGCAAGGGAGCUUACAAAUUGCGCACCAUCAACAACAAAGAGGUUCCACGAACCUGGAAUGCUCAACAACUCCGAAAGUGUUACAUGUAA